AGUGCUGAGUGUUAUACGUUUGUGGCAUCAUUCACAGUUAGAAGGUUAAGCUUCUAAAUUCUAAUAGUGAUUUAGUGAUUUAAAAAAAUUUAUAUUUUAUUCAUCUGUUACUUGUAGAAUAGUAUACUAUAAGUAAAAACAAUUAUGUAUUAUUAUAGUCUCUUUACAAAAUAGAAACGUGAUACUUCGAUUAUAUAUGAUCUUGCACGUAUAUAUGUAUAUAAAUAUAUGCAACAUAAACAAUAAGCUAAAAAAUGCCAGAAAUUAAAGUAACGCCAUUAGGGGCAGGUCAAGAUGUUGGGAGGAGUUGUAUUCUUGUGUCAAUGGGAGGAAAAAAUAUCAUGUUAGAUUGCGGCAUGCAUAUGGGAUUCAAUGAUGAAAGACGAUUCCCUGAUUUCUCAUAUAUUGUACCAGAAGGUCCUGCAACCGGUUACAUAGAUUGUGUUAUUAUUUCACAUUUUCAUUUAGAUCACUGUGGAGCACUUCCAUAUUUUACAGAAAUGGUAGGUUAUACAGGACCAAUAUAUAUGACCCACCCUACAAAAGCUAUUGCUCCUAUACUUUUAGAAGACAUGAGAAAAGUAGCUGUAGAACGUAAAGGAGAAAGUAACUUUUUCACAUCCCAAAUGAUAAAAGAUUGCAUGAAAAAAGUUAUUGCCGUUACUCUUCAUCAAUCUGUUAUGGUGGAUUCAGAAUUAGAAAUAAAAGCAUAUUAUGCAGGACAUGUUCUUGGUGCUGCUAUGUUCUGGGUACGUGUAGGAUCUCAAUCUAUUGUAUAUACAGGAGAUUACAACAUGACACCAGAUCGUCAUUUGGGUGCAGCAUGGAUAGAUAAAUGCAGACCUGAUUUAUUAAUAUCAGAAUCUACAUAUGCUACAACAAUUAGAGAUUCCAAAAGAUGUAGAGAAAGGGAUUUUUUAAAGAAGGUUCAUGAAUGCAUAGAUAGAGGUGGAAAAGUUCUAAUUCCUGUCUUUGCUUUGGGUAGAGCUCAAGAACUUUGCAUAUUACUUGAAACAUAUUGGGAAAGAAUGAAUCUAAAGGUUCCAGUUUAUUUUGCUUUGGGUUUAACUGAAAAGGCAAACAAUUAUUAUAAAAUGUUUAUUACUUGGACUAAUCAAAAGAUAAAAAAGACUUUUGUACAACGGAAUAUGUUUGAUUUUAAACAUAUAAAGCCAUUUGACAAAGCAUACAUUGAUAAUCCAGGAGCAAUGGUUGUAUUUGCAACACCAGGAAUGUUACAUGCUGGUUUAUCUUUACAAAUUUUCAAAAAAUGGGCACCAAACGAAGCUAAUAUGGUUAUCAUGCCUGGAUUUUGCGUACAAGGUACAAUUGGGCAUAAAGUCUUAAAUGGAGCACGUAGAAUAGAAUUUGAAAAUCGUCAAAUCGUCGAGGUGAAAAUGGCUGUGGAGUAUAUGUCUUUUUCCGCACAUGCUGAUGCAAAAGGAAUCAUGCAGUUAAUACAAUACUGCGAACCUAAAAAUGUUAUGUUAGUGCAUGGCGAAUUUGCUAAGAUGGAAUUUUUAAAAGAGAAAAUUAAGCAAGAAUUUGGUACAAAUUGCUAUAAUCCUGCUAAUGGAGAAACACAUGUUAUUACAACUACUUCAAAAGUUCCAGUAGAUGCUUCGCUUGCUUUACUAAAAGCAGAAGCAAAGAGAUAUUCAGCUUUGCCACCAGAUCCUAAAAGACGGAGAUUAUUACAUAGUGUCUUAAUGUUAAGAGAGGAUGGAGUUUGCCUUGUGGAUGCAGAUGAAGUGGCUAAAGCAGCAGGUAUAACUAAACAUGUUGUACGAUUUACUUCUACCGUUCAAGUUCGAGAUCCUGGACCUGCACAUUCCACUACUUUGAAAUUGUUACAACCUCUUAAAGAAAGAUUAUCAGGUUGGACAGUACAAUUAACAGAUGGAUCAAUAUCUGUAGAAUCGGUCUUAGUUAAAGUAGAGGGCGAUGAAGAUGAGCAAAAAAGUGUUUAUGUUUCCUGGACUAAUCAGGAUGAAGAUUUAGGAAGUUAUAUAUUAGGAUUUUUGCAAACUAUGUUAAAUUGAUAAUAAAUAAUAUCAUGAGAAAGAUAGGACUAUAGAAAUAUUGUACAUAUAUCUGUGAUAUUUGUUUGAUGACUAAUGUCAUAUUUUUAACAAAGUAAAUAUUUGAGCUUUAUUGUUAUAAUAUCAAUUUUAUUUUAUAUUGUUUUUUACAAUAUAAAUAUAAAUAUUACCGAAUAUUUUCAAAAAGAGAAAAAAUGAAAAUUUCAAAUUAUACGAUAAUAAAAAAUAAUAUAAAAAUAACAAUUAGUUAUCUUUUUUAUAUGAAAUUAACAACUUGAAAUUGAAAAUGUGAAAGAUCACAUGAUUACAUAAUCCCACUGUAAAAUAAAAUAUAUAUAUAGACCAUUAAUUGAUGUUAAAAAUAAAUAAUAUAUAAAUACCACAUUUAAUUACGUGCAUUUAUUUCCAUAUAUAUAUAAUUCUUAUUUUAUAUUACAAUUAAUACCUGACACACUACCAGGAUUUUUGAACUGAUUAAUUUAUCGACAUAAUAUUAUCUAAUCAAGAGUAUUUUGUUAUUAAAACAUUAAUAAAAAUAUAAACAAUAAACAGUUGUUUUUGACACUAUAACUUUAUUCCGUUGUUUUUAUUAAUAUUACGUGGAAGCUACAAUUAUAAUUCCUAAAAGUGAAAACAAGUAAUCUCGUUAUCAGAAUGAUUUACGAGAAAUAUAUUAAUAGAAGAAUACAUAAUUAUUGUGCAUUGAUUCAACAAUGUGUUAAAGUGUUUUCAAAUUCCUCAAAAUUGCUCAUAUGCUACAAUUUUAUCUGAUACUAUGUUCACAUAUUAUCGAUCAAAAUCAUAUAAUAUUAAUAUGAGAUUAAAAAAAAAAAAAAGAAAAACAAUGAAAUUUAAUGAACUAAUUCUAAGUCUUUAAACAUUAUAUAAGAUACGAAUAAGUACAAUGCACGAUCCACUUUAUUGUUUAUAAAAUCAAUGAAAUAUAAUUACUCGAUCAGAUUAAUUAUUAAAUUAUAUGAUAUAUAGAUCAUUUGAGGUCAAUGGAAAGUAUAUUGAAGAUGUAUUAUCAAAUUAAUUGUAAGAAGAGAAAUGCUGUUUUUAAUUUGUUUUCACCUUAAUUAUAUAUAUGCGAUAAAAAAAGGCAUUUAAAUUAUAUUAGUUAAUCCAUUAUUAGAUUUUAUAUAAUCUCAGAAAAUUUGAUUUUUUCAUCCAAUAUGAACGAACUGCUUGUCAUGUCAUUAGAGUAUUUUCAUUAUUGUGACUCACAACUUUGUUACUCAAAGUUAAUGAAACAAAACAAAUUUAUCGAAAUUAUAUAACUGAGUUCUCUAAAUGCUUCAAACUCUGUGCUUUUCAUUGACCUUUAUGGUUAGCACUAAAUAAGAUAUUUAUAGGAUUUCGCAAUAAUAUAAAUUUUCAAUCUGUUUAGCAAAAUUUGGUGUUGCCUAUGCAAUUCUAUAUAUAUAGGCCUGCAUAAGUAUAUAUCCAUGUAUUAUUCCUCUAAGAAAACAGUUUGGCUUAUAAUCCAGAGAACUAUCCUGAUCAUAUACUAUAAAUCCUUUUCUUUUUUUUUUAUGUAUAAGAUUAUUUCAUCUUGUUCGUUUAUUGCACAUAUAAUCUCUUAACGAUUUUAGCUUUGUAUACAAAUGCUUUAACAAUGUGAAAAAAUGUCUAAAAAAUGUGAUAUUAACCAUACCUGUCACAUAUGGAGAAAUUCAUUUACAUAAA